AUGCCUGACAGCACCUCGUUUUGGCUCUGGGGUGACAGGAGCAUCAAAAGCAGCAGCAGCAGCAUCAGCGGCAGCAGUAGCAGCAGCAGCAGCAGCAGCAGCAGCAGCAGUGUCAGCAUCGAGCAAAUUCAGGCGCUGGGGCCAUGGGGAGGCGUCCUGUUUGUGACCACAGUGGCGCUGGCAGAGAUGGUGCCGCUGCUGCCCACACAGCCACUCAGCCUGGCCAGUGGCCUGCUGUUUGGCGCCAAAAACGGCGCACUGCUGAUGCUGCUGGGCGUGACGCUCGCGGGGUUGGGUGCGUUCAGCGUCGCGCGCGGGGUCGGGCGGCCGCUGGCGGAGCGCAUUAUUAAGGCAGAGAUGGGCGACCACGAGGGCGGCAGCGGCGACGGCAAGGGCGCCAGCUCGGCGUGGGCGUCUGUAGAAGCGGCGAUCGAGUCCGGCGGCUUUUUUAAGCAGGUCACCGCGGUGACGCUGCUGCGGCUCACGCCCGUGGUGCCGUACAGCGCCACAAACUACCUACUGGGCCUCACGCCCGUGCAGCUUCCCGCCUUCCUGCUGGGCACACUGGCGGGCAUGAGCAUUUGGAGCGUCCUCUAUGCGUCCCUGGGCGGCGCCAGCCGCACCUUGCUAGAAGGCGGCGCGGACCUGGAGGUGCUGCUUGUUGAUUUGGGGGAGAAGGCCAGCAACUACUCCCAAGACAUCGCAUUGCUGGGCCUGGCGGCCGGCGGCAUAGCCCUUGCUGCCUACUUCUUGUCGCGCCGCUUUGGCGGCAGUGACGACGGCGCGGCCCGGGAGGCAGAGACGGCAUCUGCUGCAGUGCAGAGGCAGCAACAGCAGCAGCAGCAGCAGCAGCAGCAGGAGCAGCGGCAGGAGCAGCAGCAGCAGGGGUCUUCAAAGGAGCGGCGGCGGCAAGAGGCUUUGAGGCAAGAGGAGGUGCUCAACCACAAAUGA